AAAAAAAAAGUCAAUCAUUACUGCCCCAACGAGGCAGUAUCUGAAUUUCAAGACAAUCAUCAUCACCCAUUAUCUCUCAGUACUCGUUUACACAGAGUAACACCUGGUCGGCUCAUCCUCCUCCGCCCUCCAUUGAUGAAGCCCAACAGAGACUUAUCCAAAGACUGAAUCUUUUCAAUCACGAUGGACUCAAAGUCCGUGCGUUUCCUCACCCACCAAUCCUUCUUCUCCGCCGUUCGAUCCGGCGACCUUGCGGCGGUGACUCAGGUGGUGGAGAAGCUCGCCAAGGACGACCCCUCCUCAAAAGGGUCGCUGGUCUCUGAUCUGAUGGCGAUGCAGAACGACGCUGGCGAGACUGCGCUGUACGUGGCCGCGGACAAUAAUCUGGAAGAGGUGUUUGGUUACUUGCUUAAGGUCUGUGGUGUCGAGAUUGUCAAGAUCAGGUCCAAGCAUGAUAUGAACGCCUUUCAUGUCGCCGCCAAGCGUGGCUACUUGGGUAUUGUGAAGGCACUAUUGGGAAGUUGGCCGGAGCUUUGUAAGCUGUGUGAUUCUUCAAACACUAGCCCUCUUUAUUCAGCUGCCGUUCAGGACCAUUUAGAUGUGGUCAACGCCAUCUUGGAUGCCGACAUCAGCUCAGUGAGGAUAGUAAGGAAAAAUGGUAAAACUGCAUUACAUACAGCUGGAAGGUAUGGCUUGCUCGAUAUUGCGAAAGCACUUAUAGAACGAGAUCCAGGAAUGGUAUGCAUAAAGGAUAAAAAGGGUCAAACUGCACUCCAUAUGGCUGUAAAAGGUCAGUGUACUCCAGUUGUAGAGGAGAUAUUGGACGCUGACAAUUCUAUACUGAAUGAACGUGACAAGAAGGGAAAUACAGCUGUGCACAUAGCCACAAGGAAAUGCCGUCCACAGAUAGUGAGCGUCUUGCUGAGCUAUACGGCUAUUGAUGUCAACGUCAUUAAUAAUCAUUGCGAAACUGCAAGGGAUUUGGCAGAUAAACUACAGUAUGGAGAAUCUAAAUUAGAAAUUACAGAAACACUGGCGGAAGCUGGUGCCAAGUAUGCAAAACAUGUCGGCCAAGUGGAUGAAGCAAUGGAGCUGAAAAGAACUGUGAGCGAUAUCAAGCAUGAGGUGCACUCACAGCUCAUACAAAAUGAAACAACCCGACGGCGAGUUUCUGGCAUCGCCAAAGAACUAAAGAAGCUUCAUAGGGAAGCUGUCCAGAACACUACCAAUUCUAUCACAGUGGUUGCUGUUCUGUUUGCAUCAAUAGCUUUCUUGGCCAUUUUCAACUUCCCCGGCCAAUAUGUACAGUCUGGACCGGAAGCAGGGAAGGCUAAAAUAGCCGAUGAAGUUGGUUUCAAAGUGUUCUAUCUAUUGAAUGCCACCUCUCUCUUCAUCUCACUAGCCGUUGUUGUGGUUCAGAUCACCUUGGUGGCCUGGGACACGGGGGCUCAGAAGCAAGUCGUGUCGGUGGUUAACAAACUAAUGUGGGCUGCCUGUGCUUGCACCUGUGGGGCGUUUCUGUCGAUAGCUUAUGUUGUGGUCGGAGAGGGGAGUUCAUGGAUGGCCAUCACCAUAACCGUUGUGGGAGUGCCAAUUCUUAUUGCAACUCUUGCAAGCAUGUCCUACUUUGUUUUCCGACAACACUUUGGGGCAUUCCGGCGGGACUCUCAGAGACGCAUCAAACGGGCCAGUGGAAGCAAGUCCUUCUCCUGGUCGGUCUACUCGGCAAAUAUCUCAGAUCCUGACGAUGAAUAUAACUCCGACCUUGAGAAAAUCUACGCUUUGUAAGCACGAAUACGCCAUAUAGGGAGUUGUUUACUUGUUUGUCUGUUGAAGUAACAGUUAUUGUUCAUAUUUGAAGAGGUGCUGCUGUAAUCGACAGUUGAUUGUAGGCUAUGUAUAUUGUAUGUUGUAUUUGUAACUACAGAUUCUAUAGCCCUUACCCGAAAUAUUAUCUCAAAUCCUUGGAGAGGAUCCUCCUGACCAGGUU